AUGGAGGCUCACAUUGCUCUUGGCCAGAUUGGAUGGACCUAUCUGAGCAUCUUCAUUAUCUGGAAUGUUAUUUUCAUCGCUGGUCUGGUCUUUCUCUGGAUCAAUCGCCAGCACCCCUCACUUCGCAUUCGAAGACUGCCCUUGUUGUUUGCUGGUAUCAUUCCACUGCACACGUAUGGCGCUCUUUGCACUCUGGCAUACGUAAUUGGACCUAUUGUCAGCUGUUCGAUUGAGUUUUGGAUGAUGUCAGUCUUGGUCCCAGUGGGCAUGGCCUUGUUCCAUGCUUCCAACAGCCAGUUCCUGCAUAUCGCUAGCCGACAGAAGCAGUUUGCUCGCAUGAGCUCACUUAAGGAUCAUGCGCCAGUGGAUGAGAAGGCGGCUCACGAGGUUGCAAAUAACCGCUGGAGAAGAAUUGCGCAGGGACUCGAGCGGGCUGACAAGAUUAAACGAACCCUCAUCUUCAUUGGCAUCGGCAUGGCUAUCCAAUUGGCACUUGUCAUUUUCAUUUUCUUUGCGUCAAGAAAGUUUCAUCCCGGCUACGGCAUCAUCAAUUACACGGUCCAUGGCACUGGCAUGGAAGUGCGAUUCAAGUGCAGCAAAGGAUGGGAGUGGUGGCUGUCGAUUCUAUGGCAGUUCUUCUGGUCGUGGAUCUAUGCACCCUGGAUUCUUUUCAAAUCUCGGGGUAUUCGCGAUGUCCACGGUUGGCGACUACAGACCAUCUGCUGCUGUAUCGUUGGACUCCCAGCGUCGCCGCUCUGGCUUGCGGGUCUCUACAGCCCGCAAUUCGCGCCGGUGAAUGCCUACUUCCCUCCACCUGUCUGGUUUUCGCUCUGCUUUGUUCUGGUGGACAUCUUCACCAUUGGAUUUAGCAUUGCCGAUGUACUAAGAGGAAACAAACUGCGCAAGGAGACUCUAGAUGCCAUUGCAGACUGGGAGGCGCGUCAAGCAACGGGUGGCAUGGGCAUGACAGUCAAUGAAGACCUUGCCAAGAGCCCUAGCGCAUUCUCUGCUGCAACCACGUUCAGGUCAGGCGGAGACUCUAGUAGCGGCAAGCAGUCGUUCGACUCGAGGUCGGAUAUCCUGACCAUGACGGCUUUGGAGAAUGCACUUAGGACCAACGCUAUGCCCCUUCUUGAGUUUGCCGCGCUAAAGGAUUUCUCUGGCGAGAACGUUAGCUUCCUUACGCAUGUGGCCGAGUGGCGACGCCAGUGGCUUUCACAAAAGUCGUCUACGGCUGAACACCGUCGUCAGCAGUUUAUAUCUGCUGCACGCAUCUAUGCGCAUUUCAUCUCGAUGGACUUUUCCGAGUUCCCAAUCAACAUUUCGUCAAAGGAGAUGAAACGGCUUCACACCAUCUUCUCCAGCGCCGCGGCAGUUCUAUACGGCCUUCGGCGGGGGUCAUCGUCGAACGAUAACGCCACGCCUUUCGAUAGCGUGCUUCCAGACGACGCGUCAGAUUUGCCCAUCAACGACAAGAGCGCUAACGGAUCCAUCAAGGAGCUAAAGGGGACCAUCAGCCUCGACAACCUCGGACGCGCCAAUCUCAGGGCUGUGUCGCAGAUGGACCCGGCCUUUGCCGGGGGGUCAUUGGCUCACUUUGAGAUUCCGAUCGACUUCAACGAAAUGGUGUUUGACUUUGCGGAGAAGGAGAUCAAGUACCUCGUCCUGACCAACACGUGGCCCAAGUUUGUGCAGGUUGGACGAGCGAAUAGCGAGUUGAGCAAACAGGACCCCGAGAAGGGCAGCCAUGUUUGGAUGCACAAGUUCUUGUGCUCAUCAUGA